UUUCACUUCGUUUCAGUUUCUUUUGUUACAGCAUCAAAUUUAUAAUUAAUUAUAUAUUUAAAAUUUAAUUUUGAAAAUUCAUAAAUUAAAAAUAAAUGUCCUUUGUAGAAUAAAAGUAACUAAAAAAGCUACCUGAUUUUUUUUCCUUCAUUAACGACUACAAAAUAAGUAUUUCUCUCUCUUGCAUCAUUUGAGAAAAAAAAUAUGAAUACAAAUUUAAAAUUGCUGGCAAAACGCAUUUUACUAUCAUUUAAAUUAUUUUAUUCACUAUUACGAAAACUAACACCAAUUUAUUUAUAUGUACAAGUGUAUGUGCUGAGCUGAUGUGAUGACCGUGUCAAAAAUGUCGGCCCCUUUCGGCUAGAGCAUGCCGCGUUAAGGAUCUCGAAAUGGACAUAAAUUCCUUCGAUUUAGAAUUUUAUGAUUUUGAAAAUGCUAGCGAAGAGGAAAUUCAAGAAAUACAUGCUAUACUUAAAGGCCCUGGAAAUAAUGGCUCUGUGGAGCUUCCAUGGGAAACUACUUUAAAAGAAAAUUGUAAUGAAUCUCUUCCUGAAAAAGAAGAUACACUAGAGAAAAUAGAUGUAAAAAGUACCAAAUGUCUGGGAUCUGUUGUUGGCCCAGCUUUACAUUUUGCAACCCCACAAUCUCCUUUAUCACCUCCAGUUGCACGUCUACCUCCACCAACAGUCGAAGCAUUCAUUGCACCCCCUACUAGUGUAAGUCCAUAUCCAAAUCCUCCUUACAUUGUGUCUAGGACGAUACCUUAUCUACGUGCCUAUCAUCAUAUGGGAAUGCCAUUCUUUGCAUGUCCAAUACCAGGAAGUGCUGGGGAAGCCAGCCCUUUACCUUCUCCUUAUGGGCAGUUUGUACCAGUAGUUCCUGCAACUGUUGCGCAAGAGAAAUAUAUGGGGCAUAUUGAUUCUGAGUCAAAUCAGAAGAGCAGCAGCAGCAAACCAACUGAAAAACAAUAUAAUAAUCGCCGUAGCAAAAAGAAAUUGGACUAUUCUACGUCAUCUGAGACUGUUGCAGAUGUUUACCGAGAAGUAACUCUAGAUGGGACUUCUCCAACUGUUAGUAGUGAUCGUCCACCUUUAGUGCCUUUACCUGUACCACCAUCUACGUUUGGUGUCGCAGGUGGGACAAUUCCUUUACAUGGUUAUCCCCCAGGUUUGCACACUCUUCCAUACCCCCAGAUGACUGGGCCGCAAGCUCCAUCAGCCGCAAUGUAUUAUGUUCCCGUAUUUAACCACCCCUAUAGCAGUUACUUGCCUUCUCCAUCUGCUCCAAUGGUGCUUCCGGUCAACCUUCAACCGGAGGACACCACCUCCCCAGUCAGUAGUUCUUGUGAAAAUGCAGAACCCGCUUUGCUCGCCAAAACUAGUGAGAUUGUCCCACACGUCCAGUCGAACUGUGAACAACAGAAACAGUCUUCCGAAGAGAAGGCUACAGACUCUGCUGCCAAAAAUAUGUCAGAGGGAGAGGACAUUACGGACUGCAACUCCUCUUCUGACUAUCCUAACAGUAAGAGCAUAAGCUCGUCUCCUGACUAUAUUCCCGAUCCGGGAAUAGUUACAGAUGACUUUUACGAUAAAUGUGCCGCUUCGACUUGCGAGGAAGACGUGAAACAGGCUGACUCUUCUCGAUGUUGGGCCGACCUGUUCAAGAAGCCUCGCUCCGAAAUCAACGGUAUCGACCACCAGCAGAGGCACACGUUAGAUAAAGAUGAACUUUAUACGAAUGGAAAACAUUAUGCGUCUUCUAGUGAUGUUCAUUAAUUUCAUAAAACUAGCAAUAAAUUUGCUGCGUAAUAUAUUUUGCAUAAAAAGCAUUUUUAAAGCGAGUCUGCCCUCGUGUUUUUUGAGUGAUAUAUUGUUGUGAUCUUGAUUGAAAGAUUGAGCUUUUGUGCAUAAAUAUAUUUAAAUUAUUAGAUUAAUAGAAAAGUAUUGUUUGUGCUCUUUCUCUCAUAUCUGCCACAUUUCGCUAUUUUUUUGUGAAAAGUGGAUUUCAGCUGUUUGAGGCCGUGAAAAAAAUUAUAUAUAUAUUAUAACUGGACUGUGCUUUACUAACUUUACUAUUGUAAGAUUGCUGUGUUUUAAUUUUUAUCUUGUUCUUUACAUAUAAAUUGUAUAUACAUUUUUAUAUUAAUAGUCAUUAAAUAAGGUCUUUAGUAAAUGUGUUUGAAUUUGUAGGCGUAUUUUUAAAAAUUAGAUUUAAAUUGAUUGUUGUAAUUAUUCAGAAAUGAACUAGUGAUCUAUUUGCCUGAAUCAUGCUGUUGUGACAGAAAAAUUCAUUGUAAAAUGUUAUGGCACUGACCAUGCAAAGCAAUUGUUAAUUCUCAAAAAUAUUUGCAAUUUUUCUUACAUAAAAUUUAACUGUUGAUAAGUAGUCAUGCAAUAAAGGUUAAUGUUAUAAAAUUGUGAAAGCUACUUGCAGAAAUAAAAUUUUUAUAGUGUAGCUACUGA